AUGUUCCUCUUCUCCAAAAAACACAAAACCCCGAUCAGCACUUACACCGACUCCUACCGCCCGCCAUGCUCUGUCAAAAAGACCGUCCACGAGCAGGUUCCACAGCAGCUCUGGAAAGAAAACAAGUUUGUGACACAGGGAUUAACAAUGCCUCCGGUGCAAAAUCCAUCGAGCCAAGGUCAGCCUGAGCAGCUGAUUAAUGUGGCAACGCAGGAGUACUACAGGAGCAGCAUCGACCGUGUUUCCUACUGGCCCGAGAAGUACUGUCUGGCCAGGCCCGAAGAGAAGUACAGCCCAGUUUUUGUCAAUGACGUCAAUUACAUCACCUGGAGAACAGGUCCCUACAACAGUGUAGCCUGGAAUAAGCAUUCCUCUUACCUCCCCCCCCUGCCCAAGGAUGCAAGGAUGGACACCAUCCUGCACAGGAUACCCGUGACAUACCCUGUGAAACCUACCUGCCUCAAUCAGUUUGAGAGGGAGUUGGUUGCUGACAGGCUCCCUGUGUACACCGUGGCAAGGAGGGGACCCUUCCAGCUCUACUACAGCCCCUGCUCUGGGCGCCACUACUGCCUGCGAGAGAUGGACUACUAUGUUGAUGGGGCUCGUGCCAUCAGAAGUCAUCUCCACACACUAGGAGAGAGGGCUGUAAGGAGUAUCCCAUGCUGCAAUUACAGCCCUGGAGCAAUGUUCUGUACAUCUACACACCAACUCCAGCCAUCCUCCCUGUACAGGAACCCUAGGUGGGACACGAGCCACUUCAAGAGGAUAGGAGGAGUCCAAAGAGGCAGCUACACUAUCCACCCCGAGUUUGUCUCGGAGGCUUACUCUGCCCCAUGCUGCUGGUGA